AGUCAAGAAGGAAGAACGAACGCCUCUGUGGAGAGAGAAAGAAGACCAAUGGCGUCUCUGGCAACCAUAGCAUCUUUACAACCGAUCGCCAUUAAGGGCCUUGCCGGAAGCUCCAUAACCGGUACUAAGCUCUUCUGCAAGCCAACUCGCCGGAAUGUGACCCGCACGAACCUUAGAUCAGGAGCAGUGGUGGCCAAGUACGGUGACAAGAGUGUCUACUUCGACCUGGAGGACAUAGGCAACACUACUGGCCAAUGGGAUUUGUACGGCUCCGAUGCUCCUUCUCCCUACAACUCUCUCCAGAGCAAGUUCUUUGAGACAUUUGCAGCUCCUUUCACCAAGAGAGGCUUGUUGCUCAAGUUUUUGAUACUAGGAGGUGGUUCUACCCUUGCCUACCUCAGCUCCACUGCCUCAGGGGACAUUCUACCCAUCAAGAAGGGCCCACAACUACCUCCUAAGCUUGGACCACGUGGCAAGAUCUAAUUGUUGAGGAAAGGAUCCACAUCCUUCCCUACUCUUUCCUUUGUUAAUAGGAUUAGUAUAUUGUCCUUUUUGUUUGUGUUCAACAUGUAAGUAAGUAUGUCCAGGCAUUCUUGAGACCUUCUUUCUUGUUAUUUAGACUUUCAAAUUUGGGUAUUGCUUUGAUUUUGAUCUUUGUUGGUUUGUGGUUUCUUAGUUGUAUAAGUUACCUGAUAAU